UGUUGAGUAGGCCAAAAGUACUGCAUGCAUAAUAUGCACUGCACCCUUAUAUUCUAAUUUUCGCUCUCCUGAGUUAUAUUACGAGAUCUAUAGUAACGCCAAAGACGUGUGAGACAAAUUUUCGAGAAUGUCGGAUGCAGCAGGAGGAGAUGUUCGUUGGGUUCCCCUGGAAUCAAAUCCAGAGGUCAUGUCAAAGUACAUGCACAACUUGGGAAUGUCCAAGGAUUGGAUCUUCACUGAUGUAUAUGGUCUGGAUGAUGAGUUACUGAUGAUGGUUCCCCAACCUGUACUAGCCGUCAUAUUACUCUUCCCAUAUGAUGAUAAGUACAAGGCUUUUGCAAAAACGGAACAAGAGAACAUAGAGAAGGACGGGCAGAUAGUGAAUGAUGGGGUGUACUUCAUGAAGCAGACAAUUCGCAAUGCAUGUGGGACUAUCGGUGUGCUCCAUGCUGUCCUCAAUUGUAGAGAUAAGAUUUCUCAAGAUGAUACAUUGAAGUCAUUCUACGAGCAGACCAAAGACAUGACCCCGGAGGAGAGAGGAAAGAAACUAGAAUGCAAUGAAAGCAUCAGUCAUGCUCAUGGAGAGAGUGCUCAGGAGGGCCAAACUGAGGCACCUCAAGCAGAGGAGGAUGUGUGUCCACAUUUCAUAGCUUUGGUGGAGAAGGAUGGUUGCGUCUAUGAGCUAGAUGGUAACAAGAAGUUCCCUAUUAACCAUGGACCCAUCCAGGAAGGCUUCCUCAAGUCGGCUGCCAAAGUGUGUAAGAUGUUCAUGGACCGAGACCCUGAUGAAGUCCAUUUCACCAUCAUGGCUCUAUCCCGCGACUCCUAGAUCCUAGCUCCCCUGCCUGCAUCUCAAAGCAGAGCUUGCAGCGAUGCCAGGCUGAUAUCAUGUGAAGUCCGUAAAGCAAUUUCACUCCCAAAUUCAUCAACUGUCUGUCGAGUGUGGCAGCUCAUGAUUGCCAUGCACAAAGCAGAUCUGCGGACUUGUGAAUGUUGUUUCAUGUGCUACCCUAUAUUAAGCAUCACCUAUACUCCAAGACAGCUGCAUUUGAGAAUGGCCAAUUAUCGUAUACAUUGAGUUUUCUUUGGUUUGUGUGUCGUUAGUGCUGUUGAUAUAUGAAACAUUGCAGGGAGAUUAUAAGCAAAUGGGUUUUAAAUCAAAGACACAUAUGAGUGGGGUCUCGUGGGGAAUUUGACACAAUUCGGGUGUUUACCCACCAGGUGUUGUCAAUCACCAGGAUUAGCAUUCAGUUUUAUGACCAAGGGGUCUUAUAUAUUGCUUUGCAUUCCCCAUCCAUUCCCCCAUAAGGUGAAGUCAUUAUCUUACUUCUCCCUCACCCAAAGACUCUUCGAGAGACUAUGGGUAUUUCUAGACGGGCCUGCCUAUGGGUUUGCUGUGUGCAGACUUGUAACUUGUCUUCAAAUCUAUGUAAUAUCAAUAUUGGGUACAAUAGAGGUGUGGGAUUAUCAUUUGGGAGCUAGGUAAAUGUUUACUUUUGAAGACUAAUAACAAAAGUUGCCUCUUUAAUCUUUGUUCAACCAAUUGCAAAAAGCAGGCAUUGUGGAUUAUCAUCAACCUUAUUUGAAAUAAAUCUGGAAAUAAAUAUAUUUCGUAAUUUUGGUGGUGUCAUACCUUUGUGGCAAUUCAGUGUGGAAGCGAGCGAUCGAGCCCAUUCCACGCAGUUCAGUGGGUUACGCACUGUUGGUAAGUUGAGCAUGCGUACGUUGAAUGGCGCUGUUUAAGUUCAUUCGUUCAGUAUCUCUUUUAAGCCACUGAUGUUUGUGAUGUUCGUGUAUUGAUAUGGUGACAUGUAUGGCCAGUAUGUUAAAGUGCACAACAUUUAUUCGAUGUAUUUGGAAGUAGAUUCAUCUCUGUGGCUGUACUAUGCUGCCUUCUGUGUAGUCACAGAGGAAAUUAAAAAUAGGAUCCAAAUAAUUCUCUCAUUUGUGAUAUACAAGUAGGAGCUGGACAUUACAAAAAACAUGCAUCCAGUUUCUGUUAUCGAUUAUUGCAAUUUAGAUACCUUAUUUCAUCAGCUAUGUACAUGUUUAUGUACUGCAUAUAUUUAUGAAUCUGGAUGCGUAGGCACAGGUUCAUGGACAGUCACAAGCUUGAAUACAUUCUUUUGUGUUUAUGAUUGCCUUGUUGCUUUCUUUGAUUAAGAAAGAAUGUGUCAGGAUAAAAGGAAUUUCAAUAUAUUUUUAUAUAUAAUUUGUAUACCUGUCACAUGGACAACUAUGUUGUGUUUGUUUUGUAUUAUUGCAUUGCAGCUAAAUGUUUGUACGUGUUAUAAGAGCUCGAGUUCGGCAGAACACCAAUAUUGUGUGAAGAAAUUGAAAUUCUGUGGCCGGUAUUCUCAUACAUGUAAGUCAGGUUGAUCCUGGCUUUGCUUUAUGUAUUGAGCACCAAGGGCCUAAUUCAAUUCAGUAUGCACAUUAAGUCAGUAUUUUACAAUACUAGCGUUUGGCUUAUAUGUCUUAUUCAAGUAUUUUACUUUAGCAAGCCUACUUUAUUUAAGGUACUGGUAUUAAAUAUACUAACUGAUAAGCAUUGUGAUGUCACAUCGUCCAUCCAAAAUAGUGUGCAAUUAACGCAUUGCAUAAUAUGCGCGCUAAUAAUAUAUUGUGCUGCU